AUGGACUCGAUGGGCUGCCAGAUGAACACGGCGGACGCGGAGCGGAUGGAGGGGCAGCUGCGCUCGCUCGGCUUUGCGCGGGCGGAGGAGGGCACGCCGGCGCAGGUGGUUGUGCUCAACACGUGCUCCAUCCGCGAGCACGCCGAGGCAAAGGUCUACUCGUACCUCGGCCCGCACGCGGCGCGCAAGCGCGCGGGCGAGGACCUUGCGAUCGUGGUCGCCGGCUGCGUCGCGCAGCAGGAGGGGGAGGCGCUGCUGAGGCGGGUGCCCGAGAUCGACAUGGUGAUGGGCCCGCAGUACGCCAACCGGCUCGGCGACCUGCUCGAGGGAGUCUUCAACGGCAACCAGAUCGCCCCGACCCACAUCAUGGAGGACCCGACCCAGCCGCAGCGCUCCUCCACCGUCUGCGCGUGGGUCAACGUCAUCUACGGCUGCAACGAGCGCUGCACGUACUGCGUCGUGCCGACGACGCGCGGCUCGGAGCAGCGCGGCUCGGAGCAGUCGCGCCCGCGCGACGCGGUGCGCGCCGAGAUCGAGGCGCUGGUGGCGGAGGGGUACCGCGAGGUGACGCUGCUCGGCCAAAACAUCGACUCGUGGGGAUCGGACCUGUCCCCCAAGCAGUCCUUCGCCGACCUGCUGCGCGACGUCGGCGGCGUGGACGGGCUCGCGCGGAUGCGAUUCGUCACGUCCCACCCGCGGUACAUGUCCCCGCGCGUGAUCGACGCGGUGGCAGAGGUGCCGGCGCUCUGCCCGAUGUUCCACAUCCCCUUCCAGUCCGGCGACGACGGCAUCCUGCGCGACAUGGGCCGAGGCCACACCGCGGCCCGGUACCGCGAGAUCGUGCACAACAUCCGCACCAGGCUGCCGGACGCCGCCAUCACGGCGGACGCGAUCGUCGGCUUCCCGGGCGAGACCGAGGAGCAGUUCGAAAACACGCUGCAGCUGAUGCGCGAUGUGCGCUUCGACCAGAUCAACACCGCCGCCUACUCGCCGCGGCCGCACACGCCGGCUGCGGUGUGGGGCGACCAGGUGGAGGAGGGGGUCAAGAAGGAGCGGCUGCGGCGCAUCAACGAGCUCGCGGCCGAGCACGCGCUGGAGCGGCGGCAGCGCUACCUCGGCCGCGUCGAGGAGGUGCUCGUCGAGAAGCGGAACGAGCGCCACCCGGCGCAGGUCAAGGGGCGCAACCCGCAGGGCUGUCCCGUCUUCUUCGAGGGCGACAUCGACGAGCUCAAGGGGCAGCUCGUGCCGGUCCGCAUCGUCGAGGCGCGCCCCUACUCGCUGGUGGGCGAGCGCGCAGAGGGACGAUUCGCCGGCGGCAGGUAUGCGGACGACGGCGAGAGCGUCGUGGUCGAGGCGUAA